ACCAUAUCUUAAUUCUCUCGCUUUCCGCCUUCUUUCUUCUCCAAAACGUGUAGAGGGCUAGCUUUCUUCUUUCUUCGUGUGGUUGUUCUUCAACUGCUACAAGACUAACAUAUAUUUCUUCAAGAACCACUGCUACAAGCUUUUGAGAGGAUAAAGAACAAGAAUUCGUGGUCUGGGUUUUGUUUUAAUAUUUGUAAGGAUGAAGACUAGUUCGACUUCGGCGGCUAUGGACUAUUCUUAUUCAUUGGUGGACACUUCUUUGGAUCUUAAUGUUAAUCCUCGACGUGCUAACGAUGUUGCUCCUCUACAAGAAAGGUUUGGCUUGGUCAAAGAAGUUCGAAGCAAUUUUAUGGAGUUGGGGAGGAAGGUUUCAGUGAAAGAAGAGAAUGGAGCUUUGGUAGAGGAAUUGAACCGAGUAAGGGCAGAAAACAAGAAGCUGACAGAAAUGCUAGCUGUGAUGUGUGAAAACUACAAUGCUUUGAGAAGCCAGUUAAUGGAUUAUAUGAGCAAGAAUCCAGACAAGGAGCUUAGCCCAUCAAGGAAAAGAAAAUCUGAAAGCAGCAACAACAAUAAUGACAAUACUAUUGCAAUGAAUCGGAAUUCUGAGAGCAGCUCAACUGAUGAAGAAUCAAGCAAGAAACCAAGGGAAGAAGUAAUCAAAUCAAAGAUUUCAAAGGUUUAUAUGAGGACGGAAGCAUCCGAUACAAGCCUAGUUGUCAAGGAUGGAUAUCAAUGGAGAAAAUAUGGCCAAAAGGUCACAAGAGAUAAUCCUUCUCCAAGAGCUUACUUCAAAUGCUCUUUUGCUCCUAGCUGCCCUGUCAAAAAGAAGGUUCAAAGAAGCAUUGAAGAUCAAUCUGUUCUAGUGGCAACUUAUGAAGGGGAGCACAAUCAUCCACAUCCCUCACAAAUGGAGGCAACAUCAGCUGCAACUCGUAGUCUGAACUUUAGUUCAGUACCCUGCUCAGCCUCACUUGGGUCUGCUGGACCAACCAUUACUCUUGACCUCACAAAACCUAAGUCCAGCAACAAUGAUGCCAGAAGUUCAAAAUCAAGAAUGGAAACUACUCCUGAGAUCAGGCAGUUCUUGGUGGAACAAAUGGCCUCGUCCUUGACCAAAGAUCCCAAUUUCACAGCAGCACUAGCAGCAGCUAUUUCAGGAAGAAUGUUGCAGUAGAAUCACACAGAAAAGUGGUGACUUAUUAGAUGAUAAUUAUUUUUAGUUUUAUGAACUUGUAAUCUCUCUCCAAUUAGACCCAUUUGAAGUUUGGAUUAGAAUGUAUUUGUAAAUAGAAGAGAAAGAAAAAUGGAAAACAAGAAUGAAAUUUCAAAAUUUUGCUUUGA